ACCGGCGUUUUCCACUAAUAACAUGGCUGCCAUGUGUGAUGUCAUGGCUUCUGGUGCGUGAUGGGUGCGCGUAAUGCAGGUCGAGCACAAGAUCCAGUCGCGGGCCGGCCCACUUUCGCUCCAGCUUGCUCAGGUUCCCAAGAUGCUCUCCCUCUUCAGAUGUGAAUGGGCACCUUCGGCCUUCAUCGUCUCCUUCAAGCUUGAGACAGAUACAGAUAUAUUGUUAACGAAGGCGCGAGCGGCUCUGCAGAAGUAUCACGUGCAUGCAGUUGUUGCCAACGAACUGCAUACGCGCAAAACGAAGGUCGUUGUCGUCAUGGCAGACAGCGAGAGAGAAGUUCGCAAAGAGAAGCCUGAUUCGUGUGUGGAGAAGCCACUGGUGGAAUAUCUGGUCGAGCAUCACUUAAGCUACAUCAACGGCGGUGGAGAUCACAAUGUGAUAUUCGCCAGCGACGACGGGAGGACGAGGGCGAUGGACACGGCUGCAAUCAUCCCGUUGGUCAGACCUGGGCAUGACAUUUUUUCCGUGUCAGCUCCGAAUUCUGUGCGCGCAGAAGGCGUCACACCUGCUGAUGAUUCUAGUUGAUGUAUCGCUUCGCAAUACUGGAUGACCUGACCCCUCUGCUUGUCUGAUGAACAAUAUCGUCGAUCUCGAUGAACAAAAUUGUCGUGGGGGAACUCUUUAUGUCGCGGUCUGCUCCACUCUGCUCAAAUAUUUACUUCAGUCAAACUAUGGAAGUGCUCUCCGAACCGUGCGAGAUGGUCGCCCAUCCCACGGCUCUCCAACUAGUAUCAACGGCUAAAACAGUUGAAGAAAAAACAAUAAAACUAUUGAAACAGUCCAGACAUCGUCAUUUUUUUUAUAGAGAGACAUGAGAGAUUUGCAAGUUUAUCCUCAAUGAAUGGUCUUUGACGCU